AUGCAAAUGGGGCUAGAGAUGCCUUGUGGGGACUCCAACCAAACGGGGACCCUGAGCAUGGGGCGCAUCCAGCAUCCUAGCGAUGGUGACGUACUGCAUCGUACUGCAAUCCCCUUUGUGAAGAAGAUCAUGUGCGGUCGACCAAGCUCCCUGAAGAGAGUAAAGAGGGUGGUGGGGGGUCAGUUGGCCCCCCGGGGGAGGUGGCCUUGGCAGGCUAGUUUGCAGCGAUAUGGGACCCACUUCUGUGCCGGCUCUCUCAUCAACAACCAGUGGAUCCUGACCGCUGCUCACUGCUUCACAUGGCCAAACCCCAGAGGUGUGAUCGUCUACCUGGGUCGCCACGACGACCAGCUGGUUUCCAACCCUACCGAGGAGAUGUCCAGGAGAGUGGUCAGAGUCGUCCUGCAUCCCCACUAUCAGUGGAGCAAUCACGACAACGACAUCGCCCUACUGAGGCUCAGCUCACCAGUUUCCUUCACGGACUCCGUCCGGCCCGUCUGCCUGGCUGGCACGGACAGCGUGUUCCACAGCGGAGAGGACAGCUGGGUAGUUGGAUGGGGAGCUGUUGGAGAGCGAGUCCACCUCCCACUCCCCCAGCGGCUUCGGGAGGUUGAGGUUCCCGUGGUGGGUAAUCGACAGUGUAAAUGCCAAAACGGAGUAAUGAGGGUCACAGACAACAUGAUCUGUGCUGGUGUAGAGGCCGGAGGAAAGGACUCCUGUCACGGUGACUCUGGAGCACCAAUGGUCAACAUACAGAACGGUAUCUGGAUCCAAUCGGGGAUCACCAGCUGGGGCUUCGGCUGCGCUCGUCCUGAACUUCCUGGUGUCUACACCAGAGUGUCCCGCUACCAGGAGUGGAUUAGAACGCAAGUGACUGACCAAUCACCAGGCUUCGUCACAUUCCUUCGGUCCGGAAUCGACCCUGAUCGUUCCUACACCUGCCAUUGGUUGCCGCUGCCAUUGCCAAACGAGGAACCACUUUCAAGGGCACCCGGAGAGGAUUCCUCAGCUAAUGGUACUUAG